AUGUCGAAUCCACACCAACUCCAACCUCCGACGAGCGCAAAGCCCAAACGCCGCUUCUUCGAUCCAUGGAACUCGUCAUCAACCGGUCAUCAAAGAGCGGACAACAGCCUUGCAGGAAGCACGAGCUGGCGCGAGUCUCGCAGUCUCAAACUCAGCAACCAGUUCGGUGGAGGGGCUUCUGGUGGCGUUCGCCUCGCAGAUACUGUUGGUGCUGGCAGUGAAGACUUUGGCAAAGAUGGUAGAUUGGAGAAUGGAGACUGGGCCAAGGGAGCACCUGGUCUGAGAGGCAAAGGCCAGCUCAGUGUGGUGGAAGCUUUUAGGAUCAAAAAAGUGGGUGUCAAGGAUACAAAAAUCGAGAAAGAGAAGGCGAAAUUGGUGGUCAAUGAGGUGGAAGAUAAAGAGCUGGAUCUUCUGGAUAUACCAAGUGCACAGCCGGUACGAGAGAACUCGUCUCAGGACCACGAACAGCCGUCAAGUUAUGAAGACAAGCUUCUGCGUGAGAACUCGAGUCCUGACGAGCAGACGCAAAACAACACUCAAGAUCAAAAUACUGCAACCGCUGCACCAAAAGCUCCUCAAAUCUUUGCCGGCACAUGUAUAUACAUCAAUGGCAGCACCUUCCCCACAAUCUCCGAUCACAAGUUGAAACACCUCCUCGUAACACACGGCGCACGUCUCAGCAUCCACCUCGGCCGUCGCUCAGUCACCCACGUAAUUCUCGGUCGUCCCAAUGCCUCCUCUAUUCCAGGUGCCGGUGGUGGUCUCUCAGCCUCGAAGAUGCAAAAAGAAAUAGCCAAGAUCGGAGGCAAGAACGUCAAGUUUGUCACUGCCGAGUGGGCCAUGGAAAGUGUUUCCAAUGGCAAGAGAGCGCCUGAACAAAAGUUUGAGGCUGUAAGGUUGGCUCUAAAAGGAACGGGCAGAGUUGAGGAGAUGUUUGCGAAGACUACGAAAAAGGGUUGA